AUGGCGGCUCCGUCUGGAAUGCGCUCAGAUGGUUUGUUUGCGAAGGUUCUUCUCAGCAUUGUACUGGUCGUCGUUGGCUGUUCAGUAACGAACGCCUUUCCUGGGUGCCAGCCUGGUGGCUCUGCCAGCGCCAUCACGGUUAUCAGUGACCUGCAGUUUCAUGACACGUUAGGAUACUAUGGGGACCUCGUCCUCGAUGAAACGAAUGGCUUGCUCUUUGCGGCUGUCAAACAACAAUUCUGGCGCAUCCCAGUUUCUCUCAACUUGAAUCAGAGCAACGUCUUCAUGUGCCCCGAUAUUUCCAUCAGCUUGCCGGCGGCAAACGCAGUGCAACGCUAUGCAAUCGACCCUGAGAGGGGCCUUGCAUACUUGGCAACGAAAACGGGAGCUGCCAUGAAAGUGACAAUCUUAAACUACACAAGUAGUGAUCAGUUCGCGUUCGUUGGAAACUCGGCCCUGGACUUGUCCACGACCGCGGACUUCAAUAGCAUCGCGUACGACCCUCAGACCAAGAUGCUGUGGCUGUCACUUGGAGGCAAUCUGGUGCUCUACGAUAUGUCGGACCCCACGAAUCCAGUCGCAGGGCCCGUCGUUACUACCACUAGUUUUGCACCGCUGCCAGCGGGCUUCGCCUUUGAUAUCCAGGGACGCACCGGGUAUUAUCUGUCCCAGACCGAUAGAGUAAACGGCGUCCUGCAGCUUUUGAAAGUCAACCUGGACACUCGCCAGAAGACCUACGUGAGCCUUGUGGCCGCGGACACGUCUGCAGUUGAUUACGUAAGCAUGGCGGUCGAUGUCUCCACGAAGGCAGUCUACGCUGCUGGCUGCACCUACAGCAGUUCGUUCAGUGGGAAAGCAGCGGUUGCUCUACGGGUUGAUGCACAGGGGCAAUCAUCGAUAUUUUCUCUUCCCGCCAACAACUACCGAGGAGUCGCUAUCGAUUCCAAGAAUGGAAGGGUCUAUUUCUCAACCAACGACCGUUUAAAUCCUGUCUACGUGGCAAACACAUCCAACCCCCUCGGAACCUCGACAACGCACUCCGUGGUGAUGACGUACGACUCCGCCAACCAGCCGGGGACAGCAUACACGGGCGUCUUCGCGUCCGGUUCAGGGACCGACCUCGGUUUCUUCCUGCACGACGCCACAGACGGCGUCGCCAACGGCGUCGACAUUCUGUCCAUCUCAACCGGCGGCUGCGCGAGCGCCGCCCCUUGCCUAAACCCCGACAACACGUGCGGCUGCACCUUUUCCCCCCUCUUUAAUGCGGUCACCCCGGUCGCCAAGUGCUCGACCACGGACAAUAAUCAGACAAGCUUCACCCUGGCGACGUGCCCGGCUCCUCCCCCGCCGGCCCCUCCUAGCCCGCCCAUUCUUCCACCUCCCCCCAAGGUGUUCACCCCACCGCCUCCCGUUCCGGUUCCGGCUCCCGCGCCUGCUCCGGGGCUGGUUCCGGGAGGGGGUCCAGCACCUUCGCCGAACGGAACAAACGGAACGAACGCACCGGGCUCCGGCCAGGAGAACUCGGGGACCCCACCCGCUGGCAGCGGCAACGGCACUGUGGCUAAAAAGUCUGCAGCUUCGCUGGGCUUCCAAGUAUCCAAAGGCAUCCUGGUGAUGAGCAGCUCAAUAGUUGCCGCUGCUCUGCUUUAA